CAUUUUCGGCCGGCUCGAGUGGGAUACUUGCUCUCGAUACUUUCAGUGACUCGUGCCCUGGCCUUCUACACUACUUUACUAUUACCUAUCCGGCUUUGCCCAUUACAAGGGUCUACAACUGAGCAAAAUGGGUGCUCAAAAUAUGAGCAGAAAGUCCUGGGAGUCUCUUUCUUCAACCUUCUCCAACCUUGAAAUUUCAAUCUCCCGGGACAGCUGCUAUGCCUCGGAUGAAGUUUCCGUUACUUCCACCACGCCUGUUAUUACCAACGCACCUACAGUGCCACCGCUAGCACCUUCUGGGGAGACAUCUAUCCGUCCUUUAUUGAAGCCUAUCUUGAAGAGACCAUACUCUGAAAUUGAAGAAGACGAACAAUCGGAGUCUGGCUAUGCAUCUAAUGCAUCUGAAUACGAGUACGAUGACAUUUUUGAAGAAACCGACGGCGACAUGUGUGACAUCCCUGACUGGGAUGACAACGAGAUCAUGUCCGAAUAUUAUGAAGACGACAUCGAGUCCCUUGACGGAUCAUUCAUUUCAUUUGAAUCUGCGGUGCGCUUUGAUUCUCAUGUACACUAUAUCGAAGCUCCAGAACCUCAAGAGGAGGAAAGUGCCGAGACUGGAAUGACCUGCCAUGAGAUGAUGGCAAUUGCACAAGCGUCUGCCAAUGGAAACAACUCUCAGGAGGAAACAUACACUGAUACCGACGAUUCCAAUUGCGAAGCUAUUUCCGAAUCCAUCGAGCAACUUCCUGAGCACACUAGCGAUAUUCUUGAUCUGGAUAAGAGGCUCUUUGUUGCUUAUAUGAACGGUAUUAAUGGGAUCACUAAUCCCGACUACCGAGCGCGCCUUCGUGCGCGGGUCUCUGAUUUCAGGUCUGGCCGCGUCUCGUCACCCUUUUUAGAUUUGGAUAGCGCAAACGGAGUGUACCUGGACCAUGUCCUGAGCCACGUCAUCGGAACUUUCCGCAGCAUCGUCGUCAAGGCAGAGUUUGACGAAUUACUUGGCCUGGGAACAGAAGCUACCAGCAGUCUCGAUCAGAAUAAGUUUGACAAGAUUGAGCACCUGCUCUUCGAACGAUUGGCGGUUGACGAUGUUAGCGUUGGCCCCGACGAAUUGAGCUUCUUCGCCAGUGGAGUUGCGUACGCUCUUGAAAACUGGCAGUGCUAUGCGCCUAACUAAAAAACAUCUAGAUCGAGAUGGAGAGCUUAAAAAACAAAGAAGGAUCCUGGCUAGGACCUGAGUAUUUCGAUGACACUUUAACAUGUUACGAACAGCCACGAGAAGGAAAACGAAUACAAGCGGGAUUUAAAAUUUCAUUUCUGUACUUAGCGAUCAAAAACCAAAAAGUCUUGAUCUAUUAAUUUUUUUUUCCCGCUUCCGCUGUAAAUAUUUCUGGACACAGAUUUGCCGUGUAAGAUAGACAGACAGCAGCCAGACCUUAGGUAUUCACUC